ACAAAAAAAAUCCCUCCAAAAAAACGCCUUUUUUUUUUCCUUAAGCACACGAGUCACGCCAAUCCCAAAGCACAUCGGCCAAGAUCACCCGCCUCUUGCGUCUCCUCCCUUUCCUCGUGCUCCGCCGAUCCGCUCGCCGCCUCCAGAUCCGCGCCCAUGGCGUCCCGCAGGCGAAUGCUCCUCAAGGUCAUCAUCCUCGGCGACAGCGGGGUCGGGAAGACGUCUCUAAUGAAUCAGUAUGUGAACAAGAAGUUCAGCAAUCAGUACAAGGCGACGAUCGGCGCGGAUUUCCUGACCAAGGAGGUGCAGAUCGACGACCGGCUCUUCACAUUGCAGAUUUGGGACACAGCGGGACAGGAGCGAUUUCAGAGUCUUGGUGUGGCAUUCUACCGGGGAGCUGACUGCUGUGUUCUUGUAUAUGAUGUCAAUGUUACCAAGUCAUUUGAAAGGCUCAACAGCUGGCGUGAGGAAUUCCUAAUUCAAGCUAGCCCAUCAGAUCCAGAAAACUUCCCUUUUGUCGUGCUUGGAAACAAAAUUGAUGUUGAUGGUGGUAAUAGCCGGACUGUUUCCGAGAAGAAAGCUAAAGCAUGGUGUGCUUCUAAGGGGAACAUCCCUUAUUUUGAGACAUCUGCUAAGGAAGGCUUCAAUGUGGAAGCAGCUUUUGAGUGUAUAGCAAGGAAUGCUAUCAAGAAUGAACCGGAAGAAGACAUAUAUCUUCCUGAUACAAUUGAUGUGGGGGGUGCUGGAAGGCAACAACGCUCAUCAGGCUGCGAAUGCUAGAAGGCAUGGUCCAAGCAAUAUCGCCAGUUGAUUCUACCGGAUCAAUGUUGAUCAUCAUCCUCUCUGAAUGUGUGAUAUCUUUAGUGUGAAAGCUGCUUUCUGUGCCCAAUGCUACAUAUGCUUUGUUUAGUGCUCUCCAACAUAAUUGGAGAAAAUCCAUUUGUAACUGUUUAUUUACUCCUCCCUUGUAUCUGCUAGAUGUUAGAGUUGGGAUAUUUCUUCUACUAGCCUUCUACCAUUGUUGUUUCAUUGCUGCAGUGCAUACUACCUGGAGAGAUCAAAACAUGUUCUGUGAAGCUUGUAAAUUGACAGAACAAACCACCAAUCUAGCUGGUUCUGUUUCUCUGCCCAUUUUUAUGGUAGAGCGUGCCAGAAUCUGUAUCUAUAUGGCUUGUUUCUUGCUGCAA